AUGUCCUCUGAUGCAGCUACAAGCAAAGGUUAUAACUACACCAGCAUAGGCAACAACAGUCCUGCGUAUGGCCUCUAUGAUUGCCACAGUGACGUGGUUGGAUACUUUUGUCAAUUAUGUGUUUCUACUGCUGCCAGAGAAGUUCGUCUGCGCUGCCCCAAUAGGAUUUCUGCUGUAGUUUGGUAUGAUUCCUGCAUUCUAAGGUACUCAAAUGAGAGCUUCUUUGGGAAAGCUCAGACAUACCCAACAUGGCAUCACAUAUUUGGAACAAAAAACAUAUCCAACAUGGAAGAGAUUCAGAAAGGUGAGGAUUUUGUGAGAAGUUUGAUCAGAAAAGCAACUGUGGAGACCAACCAGCUGUACUAUAUGGAAGGCUUCAAUGUGAGCUCCUCUCAGAGAAGGUAUGGCUGGCAGACAGUGUUUGGAGGCCAUGUUAGCAGAAUAUCCCAAAUGUUGUGA